CCUAGAGAAGCUGCUUUGUCACUGAUUCAAGAUGGCGUAUACGACAUGGAUUUUGAGGUCAGUUCUGCAGCGAACUGCUCCUCGUGUUCUUCGUUCACGAAUCAUUCCUCACUUCAGAACUCUCCCAAAAUUUUUAUCCACGUCCUUUUCAACGCCAGAAUACAACGAGAAGCCAAGAUUUCCUGGAGCUUUGAAUUGUGAAUUUACAGAAAAGAUAGAAUUUGUUGACCCUAGUGAUCCUCGAGGUAUUAUUCCUGUUUAUAGAGUAAUGGAUAGAAGAGGAACCAUCAUAGAUGAGGGCCAUGAUCCUAAGUUGGAUAAAGACAUGAUCAUUGAUAUGUACAAGAAAAUGACACUGUUAAAUACCAUGGAUCGUGUCUUGUAUGAAUCCCAAAGACAAGGGCGUAUAUCAUUUUACAUGACGGCAUAUGGCGAGGAAGCAACACACUUCGGCAGUGCAGCAGGCUUACACUCCGAGGACCUGAUAAUGGGUCAGUACAGAGAGGCUGGUGUUCUGAUGUGGAGAGGAUUUGGUCUGGCAGAUUUUAUGAACCAGUGCUAUGCAAACAUGCAUGAUGUGGGUAAAGGACGUCAAAUGCCUGUUCAUUAUGGAUCAAAAGAGCAUAACUUCGUUACCAUCUCAUCCACUCUUGCGACGCAGAUGCCUCAAGCUUCAGGAGCAGCUUAUGCCUACAAGAGACUAGGAAAACCAAACUGUGUUGUGUGUUACUUUGGUGAUGGUGCAGCAAGUGAAGGUGAUGCCCAUGCUGCAAUGAACUUUGCAGCAACUUUAGAUGCACCAGUUUUAUUUUUCUGUCGCAACAAUGGAUACGCCAUAUCGACUCCAACUCAUGACCAGUACAGAGGAGAUGGUAUUGCAUGCAGAGGAAGAAGCUAUGGAAUGUUAGCAAUCAGAGUUGAUGGCAAUGAUGUCUUUGCCGUGUACAAUGUAACAAAGAAAGCAAGAGAUAUUGCUGUAAAAGAGUCAAGGCCUGUGUUGGUGGAAGCCAUGACAUAUAGAAUUGGUCAUCAUAGUACGAGUGAUGAUUCGUCAGUGUACCGUUCACUGAAAGAGGUUAAUUAUUGGGACAAAGAGGAUCACCCAAUCUCCAGGUUAAGAUACUACCUGGAAAAUAAAGGAUGGUGGGACCAGAAUCAAGAACAAGAUUGGAAGAAAGAGGCUCGCCUGCAGGUUAUGAAGGCAUUUUCUGAAGCAGAAAAAGCCCUCAAGCCCUCAGUCAAAGAAUUGUUUUAUGAUGUAUACAAAGAGCUUCCCAAACACUUAGAGGAGCAGUACAAGGAGUGUCUUGAACAAAUUGCAAAAUACCCCCAUGAAUACCCCACUGAGGCACAUGCUAAGGAUUAGGAAGCGACUUAGUGGAACCCCCUGGGGAAUUAAUGAACCUUUAGGAUGCUCGAUUAUACAGUUCCAUUCAGUGAUCACGAAUAAUAUUUCAAAGACGAAGUUAGAGUUGCCACACAUGAUAAAAAUUAUAGUUUUGCUUUGUAAAUAUUAUUCAUGGUCACUGAAUGGAACUGUAAAAUGAAGUAUUAUGGUACAAUAAAUUAUUCCAAAGUU